ACAAAAGAAGAGAAAAUGAAGCCACAACCUCUGUUAUACACACAAGCAGCUGUUAUCCUCUUGGUUGUUGUAAUUGCAAUGCAGCCACAUCCACUUAGAGUAGCUAAUGCCAUUAGUAACGAAACAGACUAUAUGGCAUUGCUAGCAAUCAAGAGUCAAUUAAUCGAUCUUCAUCCCAACGGAGUUUUAAGCUCAUGGAAUCACUCUCUUCACCAUUGUUUAUGGGAGGGUGUCAUUUGCGGCCGCAAACAUAAAAGAGUAACUGGCCUAAAGCUGUUUGGUAGAGGUUUGUCAGGAACCAUAUCACCCUUCAUAGGGAACCUUAGUUUUCUAAAUAUCAUUUGGCUUGACAGUAAUAGCCUACAUGGCUCAAUUCCCCCUGAAAUCGGCCGUCUUUUGAGGCUACAAUCACUAUAUCUUCCUAACAACACCCUCAGUGGAGGAAUUCCAGCCAGUUUAUCAAGUUGCAUCAACUUACAAAAUCUUUCUCUUGCUAUCAACAAUCUAGAAGGUGAACUUCCGAUGGAAUUAGGAGCGUUGUCCAACCUCAAAUGGCUUUGGCUUCACAAAAAUAAACUCUCUGGGCCUAUCUUUAAACUGAUACUGAAUCUUACAUCUUUGGUACGUAUUAAGGGCCACACAAAUGCAUUUACAGGUCCUAUUCCGGACAACAUUCCUAAGUUGACCAACUUAACUAGUUUGGAGCUCUCAACAAAUCAACUCUCAGGUAUAAUUCCCCCGUCCAUCUCUAACCUCUCCUCGCUUCAAAUAUUAGACUUGUCUAUGAAUCAACUGUCAGGUAUAAUUCCCCCGUCCAUCUUCAAUCUCUCCUCUCUUCAGAUAUUGUACUUGGCUUACAACCAAUUGCGAGGAAGUAUUCCGCCACAUAUAGCCUUAACACUUCCUCAAUUACAAUAUCUACAACUUGCUUAUAACUAUUUUUCGGGGCCAUUACCAAUCUCCAUACAUAACCUCACAAGUCUUCGAUCCAUUGAGUUAUCAAACAACUACUUCAAAGGCACCAUUUCCAAUCUACAUUUUGGCCACCUCUAUAACCUGCAAAGGCUAGUCAUUAGUAAUAAUAAUUUAUCAGGAGACAUCAACUUUAUUACUAAACUAGUUAACUGUAGCAAAUUGGAAAGCCUGGAUGUGGGGAACAACCAAUUCACAGGAUUAGUUCCAAAAGUUCUGGCUAAUCUUUCAACCAAUUUAAUUGAGAUUUGGAUUGAAGGAAAUCAAGUCACUGGAGGAAUCCCUGUAGGUCUUGGUAAUCUAAACAAUCUUAGGAUUUUAUCCAUGAAAUCAAGUGGCCUAACAGGAACCGUUCCUCGAGAUCUUGGGGAGCUUCAAAAUCUAGAGAUUCUAGAUCUAAGUUUCAAUAGACUAACAGGUGAAAUUCCCAGUUCAUUCGGAAAUUUAUCGCAUUUGAGCAAUCUCAAUUUUUAUGAAAAUAAGUUGCAAGGCAGAGUACCUUCAAGCCUUGGUAAUUGUGCAAACUUGUUAUACUUGUAUUUAUCAUAUAAUCAAUUCAAUGGUUCCUUACCCAUUGAGCUGUUUGCAAAAACUACAAACUUCAUUCAAUUAUGGUUAGAUCAAAAUCAUUUUCAAGGGCCUCUAACUAUGGAGAUUAGCAAGCAAAUAAAUUUAGAAGUGUUUUCAAUGUCAAAUAAUAAAUUUUUUGGGAGUAUUCCGGAUGUCUUUAGCAGUUUACCUGCUCUACAAGAAUUAUACAUGGAAGAUAAUUUCUUCCAUGGUCUUAUUCCUCCAUCAUUUGCCUCUUUAAAAAGCCUUUUGAAACUUGAUCUUUCUCAGAACAAUCUUUCUGGACCCGUUCCAGAAUAUUUUGCUACUUUUCCGUUGAUAGUCUUAAACUUAUCUCACAACAAUUUCGAGGGAAGAGUUCCAACAAAAGGAGUUUUUGCAAAUUCAAGUGCAACAUCUUUUGUUGGUAACAAAAACCUUUGUGGAGGAAGUUCUAAGCUACACCUACCAAGAUGUGUGGAGAAUGAAAGGAAGAAAAGGAGAAUGUCUCGUGCUCUCAAGCUGACAAUUAUAACGGCUAGUGCAUUUGUUGGGGUGUUGGUCAUGGCGAUAUGCAUAUGGCUAUACUUGAAAGGUCAGAGCAAAAAAAGAAAAUCUACUUCUUCAUCAGACGCACUAGUAAAGGAGAGGUUCUUGAAAGUAUCAUAUGACAUGCUACUCAAAGCAACAGAUGGAUUUUCUCAAGAAAAUCUACUCGGUUCGGGUACUUUUGGAUCUGUUUUCAAAGGGAUUCUUGAUGGAAAGACAGUGGCAGUAAAAGUACUCAACUUGCAACAACGAGGUGGGUCUAAGAGUUUCAUGGCAGAGUGUGAGGCAUUAAGGUAUAUUCGUCACCGUAAUCUGGUUGGGAUACUAACAGCUUGCUCAAGUAUAGACUUCAAAAGAAAUGAUUUCAAAGCUCUUGUCUAUGAGUUCAUGCCCAAUGGAAGUCUUGAUAAAUGGUUAUAUAAAAGUGGUUACCUGAGCCUUCUCCAAAGGGUGAAUAUAGCCAUUGACGUGGCUCAUGCACUCAACUAUCUCCAAUGUGAGUGUGAAACCCCGAUAGUGCACUGCGACCUUAAACCAAACAACAUAUUGCUUGAUAAUGACAUGGUUGCCCAUGUCGGAGAUUUCGGGUUAGCAAAGGUUCUUGGUCAACCCCUCCACCCAAACCAAAGCAGUUCAAUUGGAGUCAGGGGGACUGUUGGCUAUGCCGCUCCAGAGUACGGCUUGGGAGGUGAAGCAUCCCCUGAAGCUGAUCUAUACAGUUACGGAAUCUUACUGCUUGAGCUAAUGACAAAAAGGAGACCAACCGAUAAUAUGUUCAAGGAAGAUUUCAACCUCCAUAUGUUUGCAAAGGCAGCAUUGCCUCACCAAGUGCUACAUAUUGUUGACUCUACACUAAUGGAGGAUGAAAGUGACGAACCUGACAAAAGGGGACCAAAACCCCAUGAAAUGCUUCGAAAAACAGAGGAGUGCAUGGUGUCGGUGAUAAAGAUUGGAGUUGCUUGCUCAAGUCAUUUACCACGUGAUCGGAUGAAGAUAAGUGAAGCAAUAAGUGAGCUGCAAAAAGCUAGAAACAUCCUUCUCAGUCCCAAACAUAAGCGUAACUUGCCAAGAGGAGAAAGUGAUUGAGUGGUACACGAAAGGAUUGGCCUUCCUUAAUCCAAAUAGCGAGUCAAGGACGCAUCUUGGCUGUCUAAAGAAUAGAUGAUUAUACUAAUUUCGAUCACCAUUGUCAAGGAGAACCACCAACUUCGUGCAUUGAAGUAACUGCUGUAGUUUCCUUUUGUAAAAUCGUUCAUGUUCCACAAUUUAAGUUUAUGCAAGAGGUUGAAUGUCCUGGAAAUCAAACAGACAUAAAUUUCAGAGGAAUUCUUUCAUUUACUAGGUA